AUGCAUAAUCUUGCGAUGGUCAGUUGGAAUAAAUCUGUCAACCAAACGGGCGUUUCCUUUAGACACCAUUCCCAAAUUUAACAUUGGCUGACGAGGGAAAUAAAAAGUGUUUUUGCGAGGAAGAUGGCUAAAACUGUGGGAAAAGUCGCGUGCUUCGAGAUGGAUGGUGGAAAUUGGCAAACUUAUUGUGAUCGGUUGGAUAUGUACUUUUUGGUGAACAAUGUGGAAGACACCAAGAAGCUGCCGACGCUGAUCAGCUGUAUAGGGGACUCCGCGUACGAGCUGAUGGUCAACUUAUGCAGCCCGAAAAAACCGUGUGAUUGCAAGUACGACGAAGUGGUUAAAGUAAUGGCUAAUUAUUUACAACCGAAACCGUCGGUAGUCGCCGAAAGAUUUAAAUUCCGUCAAUGUCGGCAAAGUAACGGACAAUCAGUGGCUAAUUUUAUGGCAGAAUUGAAGAAAGCAUCCAAGUAUUGUGAUUUUGGUACUAAUCUGGACGAUAAUAUGAGAGACCAAUUCGUUUGUGGCGUAAGUAGUGAUUUUGUUAGACAGCGAUUAUUUGCAGAGGAAAAACUGACUUAUAAUAAGGCGGUUACGAUUGCUACUACGCUGGAGGCGGCCGAGCGGGAUUCACAUGCAAUCGGAGAUAAGGAUAAUUAUAGCGAGCGGAACGAUGUAAAAACAGUGCAUAAGAUUCAACCGGUCAGCGCAGGUCGUGGUUUAUGCGAGUCGUGCGGCGACCCUCAUCAUCGACAAACGGAGUGCAAGUUUAGUCAAUACGUGUGUGACGUGUGCAAAAUUAAGGGGCAUUUGCGUAGGAUGUGCCCGCAAGUCAUGCGUGGCAGCAGUUUCGGAAGCCCUUUUGGGGCUAAUCGGCGUGGCAAUGGAGGCCGCGGACCGGCCAAUCGCGGGCGGUCAUGGCGCGGGGGCUGGAGCGGCCGAGGUGGUGGUGCCAGGUCCGGCUUGCAUUGGGUGCAAGGUCGGGACGCGGAGGCGGACCAGGAAGACUUCAUGGAAGGCGAGCGUGGAAGGGACGGCGAAGCAAUUAUGAAUUUGAUGUCGUUGAACCAGUACAAGCCGGCAUAAGCCGUUAUUCGAGGAGACGUUGGGCCGGUACACCGGAGGCAGGGCGUCGCUGUGUGUGCGCGAGGGAGCUCAGCCGAUAUUCUGCCGC